CCUUAUCUAGUCCUCUCUAGGACUUUUUAAGACUGAUUCUGGGGAUUCCAAGUGCUGGUGGCCACAGGCCCCGUGCCAGCCAUGCUGGUCUGAACAUGAUCUCAGUCUAUACAGAGACUCGAUCCUAGGAAAAGAGAAGGAUCAAGCUCGAGGGCCGGAGACACUGCGUGAGCAUCUAGCAGUUUUGGCACCGAUUGCCAUCUCCAUCUACGAAAAUCUGGAAAGCUACGAUCUACAACGAGAAUGGAUGGCCCCCCGCCUCCACCCCCACCGCCUCAUGGCGCAAAUCCAGGAACUACACAUGGACAGUAUCGGAAGUCCACAGACCUUCCGGAGGGACAAUAUGAUAUCUUUGUGAUUCCUCCACACUCCGCGGGAUCGGGAUUUAUCUACCUGCCAUCUCUGCAAUGCCAUCGGAAUAGCUUUAUUGCUGGUGCCGUCUCCACACUUUUCGUGGUGGUCUCAUGGUGGUCUCUCGAGCCAAUCGUAAGAUCUUGGUUUGCGACAACAGUCGCCAGUGGUGGAUUUGGCGUUAUCCUACUUAUCAUUGCCGUUGGCUUCCUCGGGUGGCUCUGGGGUACGACACAGGCGGAGAGUGGCGGCUCCAAAAGCUUUCCAGGACGUGGUCCAGGUCCGGGCCCUGGUGGUUUUGGCCCUGGAAGUCCUGGAAGCGGCAGCGGCGCUGGUCAAUCUUCUGGUGGUGGCGCCCAUUAUUCGAAUGGUCCCAAUCAGGGGACAUAUCCAGGAGGUCAGAAUUUCAACGGACAAUUCCCUGGUGGCACGCCAAACCCCGGUGCGCAGUACGAUGGAAAGCAACGUAGUGCCGGUCCCGAACCGACGAAUGAUCACAGUGCGUGGGAAAAGGCUCGCGAAGAACAAAGGAAGAAGGAUGAAUAUGAGCGCUGGAAGCAAGCCGCAAAGAAGCGAAGAGAAGAGCAACUCAAGGAGCAACAGCGGAAGCGCGAAAAGGAAGCAAAGGAGCGAGAAGAAAGGGAGCGGAAAGAGAAGCUCGAGAAGGAGAUUGCGGCGGCUAGGGAGGCAGCUCUCAAGGAAGCCAAGGAGAAGCUGGAGAGAGAAGUCGCAGAGGCCAAGGCCAAACUGGAGAGAGAGGCUGCUGAAGCAAAAGCCAAAGCGGAGAGAGAGGCUGCUGAAGCUAAAGCCAAAGCGGAGAGAGAGGCUGCUGAAGCUAAAGCCAAAGCAGAAAGAGAGGCCGCUGAAGCAAAAGCCAAAGCUGAAAGAGAGGCCGCAGAGGCUAAAGCCCGAGCAGAGAGAGAGGCUGCUGCAAAAGAAGCAGCGGCCAAAGAAGCAGCGAAGAGGGAGGCUGAUGCGAAGUUCGCCGCCAUGAAGGAAGCGGCCGCAAAGAAGGUCGCCGAACAGUUGGCCAGCGCAAAGAAGGCGACAUCACCAGCUCCUGCGACUCCUGCUGGAGGAUCACCGACAAAAGCAACCCCCAAAGCAGCCCCAAAGACAUCGACAACCUCUUCAACACCGCGAACACCAUCACCCAAGAAACCUCCGCAGCCCACCGCCAAAACAGCAACUGAGAUAGAGGAUGAUGCCUAUUCCUUUCGUCCAUACGAUCGACCCCGACGACCAUACGCAGCCUCGUCUGUAUAUUCGGAGUCUUCAUACGCUCCAUCUCAGUCCACCGCGAGGACGACUCCGCCACCAUCUGUUCGAGGGACGUACUCCACCAAGGACCCCGAUAAGAUUGUGAUCAGGGGUGUAUAUACUUUCAAUAAUGCCUAUAUGAAGACCCCCAUCUCGAAGUUAGUAUCGGGAACAGGCUCAGUUACGGAUGGUCUGAUUUUACGCAUCACAACCGAAGGCUUGUUCGUCGAUGAUGAUGUGAGAGGAGUCCCUGAACGCGAAUGGGACGUCAAGGCCUGGACGAUGAAACUGGUCGAGGUAUGGUGUCCCCAGUUAAGCGCAAACUCAGCGGCCCCUCAGAGUCCUUCCAAGUCCAAUCCCUUCCGUCGGAGUGCAGCGCGGACGAUCCCUACUAGUGAGGAGUCCGACGCGUUCCUUGCGAACCUGCUGAAGGUCUGCAAGAACACAUGCCGUCUUGCCUCUGCUUCUGCUUGUUACAGCCAGAAAGGUAGCCAUGUUGAUCGAAUGGAUUCCGCACAGAGCUCCCAGAUGCAGGGCUACCAUGUUGUCCGCGCAAGCAUCCGUGACCAGGAAGGCAAGAAGUACGUCUUUGUCCUGGAAGAAACUGAAGGAUGGAAAGUCGCCAUCGGACUGCAGCGCUUGCGACGAGGCAGUCAAGUCCGCGCGCUUGGCGUUGCCGGCCUGCCUCCCAACGAGAUGAAAGCGAUCCUGAAUAACCUUCAAUACGUGUAAAUCGGACUCCUUUUAGGCUGUGGGGUUGUGAGGUUCCUGGAGCGCUUUGAUUCCUUUCGGCGUUCAGGUCCUGUGCACAUUAUCUCGAACCAUCUGCUUCAUUUGCUUCGCUCAUCAUACCCUGCAUUCUCGCAUCAAUCAUUAGCGAUGGUGUUUGAUUGCAACCACGAAUGUGGUGGCAGUAUUGAAUUUAGUGUGAGGAAGCAUCUUCUUGCAUAUUCUGUUAAUACAUCCCUGAUUCUUUUGCAC